AUGCGUGAGCAUGCGUCAUGUGAAGCGGAGAGACUCACGGAGAGACUCAUGGAGAAACUCGCGGAGAGACUCGCGGAGAAACUCGCGGAGAAACUCGCGGACAGACUCGCGGAGAGACUUGCGGAGAGACUCGUGGAGAGACUCGUGGAGCGGCGUGCCAGGGGACAGGGCGCUUGUGGCAGCUACAGAGGACCUGGAGGGACAAAAGCCAUGACCCAGAUGAACGCCCGUUACUACCCUUAUAGACGCAUUACCAUCAUUUCCUCAUAUCUAAACUGA